CACAUACCAGCUAGCAAUAGCCUGUUAAUUGUUGUAACGUAAGCCAGCCACAUAGGCUAGAUCGGUUGUGAUCAUUACGUAUUAACGCCGAUCGGGUUGCAUUUGUUUCGGUUACUGUUCUUUGCUCCGGUGGAACUGCACUACGGUUAAUAAGAUUACACAUCUGGCAAUCGGUGUGACCAGGAUGGAGUGGCAGCCGGAUGAUCAAGGUCUGCAGCAGGUGCUUCAGCUAUUGAAGGACUCCCAGUCCCCAGACACUGCAACACAAAGAGCCGUACAGGAAAAACUGGAACAGCUUAACCAGUUUCCAGACUUCAACAACUAUCUUAUCUUUGUCCUUACAAGCCUCAAAUCUGCGGAUGAGCCCACUCGUUCUCUGAGUGGCCUUAUACUGAAGAACAACGUGAAGGCUCACUACCAGAACUUUCCUGCCAACGUAGCUGAGUUCAUCAAGCGAGAAUGUCUCAACAACAUUGGAGACCCCUCACCGCUCAUCAGAGCUACAAUUGGUAUCUUAAUCACAACUAUAGCAUCUAAAGGAGAGCUACAAACCUGGCCUGAACUGUUGCCUCAGCUCUGUAACCUGCUGAACUCGGAAGAUUAUAAUACCUGCGAGGGAUCUUUUGGAGCGCUGCAGAAGAUCUGUGAAGAUUCAUCAGAACUGUUGGAUAGUGAUGCUUUGAAUAGACCUCUCAACAUAAUGAUCCCCAAAUUCCUCCAGUUCUUUAAACACUGUAGCCCCAAGAUCAGGUCUCACGCUAUAGCGUGUGUGAACCAGUUUAUCAUUGGCCGAGCUCAGGCUCUGAUGAAUAACAUUGACACCUUCAUCGAGAGUCUGUUUGCACUGGCUGGUGAUGAGGACAGUGAAGUGCGGAAGAAUGUGUGCAGGGCUCUGGUUAUGCUGCUGGAGGUUCGAAUUGACCGCCUCAUCCCACAUAUGCACAGCAUCAUCCAGUACAUGCUGCAGCGGACACAGGAUCCAGAUGAGAACGUGGCUCUGGAGGCCUGUGAAUUCUGGUUGACCUUGGCAGAACAGCCCAUCUGUAAAGAAGCUCUAUCUGGCCACUUAGUUCAACUCAUUCCUAUCCUGGUGAAUGGGAUGAAGUACUCAGAAAUUGACAUCAUCCUCUUAAAGGGGGAUGUGGAGGAGGAUGAGACGGUCCCAGACAGCGAGCAGGACAUCAAGCCACGGUUUCACAAGUCCCGCACCGUCACCCUGCAGCAUGAAGGAGGAGAGGGAGAAGAAGGGGAGGACAUAGAUGAGGAUGAGGACGAUGAUGACGACACGCUCUCUGACUGGAACCUACGGAAGUGUUCAGCGGCGGCACUGGACGUGUUGGCCAAUGUUUUUCGUGACGACUUGCUCCCCCACCUCUUGCCCCUCCUCAAAGGCCUGCUAUUCCAUCCUGACUGGGUCAUCAAGGAGUCUGGCAUUCUUGUGCUCGGAGCUAUUGCUGAGGGUUGUAUGCAGGGCAUGGUGCCCUACCUGCCUGAGCUCAUCCCCCACCUCAUUCAGUGUCUGUGUGACAAGAAGGCCUUGGUGCGCUCCAUCGCCUGCUGGACCCUCAGCCGCUAUGCUCAUUGGGUUGUUGGCCAACCCCCCGACGCUCACCUCAAACCCCUCAUGACUGAGCUGCUCAAACGCAUCCUAGAUGGCAACAAGAGGGUGCAGGAGGCAGCCUGCAGUGCGUUUGCCACGCUGGAGGAAGAGGCAUGUACUGAGCUGGUGCCCUACCUGAGCUUCAUCCUGGACACGCUGGUAUUUGCCUUUGGGAAAUACCAGCACAAGAACCUGCUCAUCCUCUAUGACGCCAUUGGAACCCUAGCAGACUCAGUGGGACACCACCUCAACCAGCCUGAGUACAUUCAGAAGCUGAUGCCUCCUUUAAUUGCGAAGUGGAAUGAGCUCAAGGACGAGGACAAGGACCUAUUCCCCCUACUAGAGUGCCUGUCCUCUGUGGCCACAGCCCUCCAGAGCGGCUUCCUGCCCUACUGCGAGCCUGUCUACCAGCGCUGUGUCACCCUAGUUCAGAAGACACUGGCUCAGGCCAUGAUGUAUAGCCAGCAGCCAGACCAGUAUGAGGCCCCAGACAAGGAUUUCAUGAUUGUGGCUCUGGAUCUGUUGAGUGGUCUGGCUGAGGGACUGGGUGGUCAUGUGGACACACUGGUGGCUCGCAGCAACAUCAUGACUCUCCUCUUCCAGUGCAUGCAGGAUACUAUGCCAGAAGUAAGGCAGAGCUCAUUUGCUCUUCUCGGUGACCUGACUAAGGCCUGCUUCCCUCAUGUCAAACCCUGCAUUGCUGAGUUCAUGCCAAUCCUGGGCACAAAUCUGAACCCAGAGUUUAUAUCUGUGUGCAACAAUGCAACCUGGGCCAUAGGAGAGAUCUGCAUGCAGAUGGGAGUGGAGAUGCAGCCAUAUGUAGCAAUGGUUCUCAACCAACUGGUCGAGAUCAUUAACCGACCCAAUACCCCCAAGACCCUGCUCGAGAACACUGCCAUCACCAUCGGUCGACUGGGCUAUGUGUGUCCUCAGGAAGUCGCUCCGAUGCUGCCGCAGUUUAUCAGACCUUGGUGCACAUCUCUGCGAAACAUCCGAGACAAUGAGGAGAAAGACUCGGCCUUCCGUGGAAUUUGCAUGAUGAUUGGAGUGAACCCCAGUGGUGUGGUGCAGGACUUCAUCUUCUUCUGUGAUGCAGUGGCUUCCUGGGUGAACCCCAAGGAUGACCUGAGAGACAUGUUUUACAAAAUCUUGCAUGGUUUUAAGGAGCAGGUUGGGGAAGAGAACUGGCAGCAGUUCUCGGAGCAGUUUCCUCCACUGCUAAAGGAGAGACUGGCAGCCUGCUACGGCGUUUAGAGCCUCUACAUCCAUCCCAAAGGUGAGCCAGCAUGAGUAGGGUGAAUGGGAAACUCAUCCAUCUGUGUUAUUGCACUGCCCUGAUCUGGGUGGGGGGAGAGGGACGCAAUUGGCAUCUCCCCCUGACGGACGGCCCCCACGCCCUAUGUGUUUGUCCAUA